GUGGAAGUGUGGCACACGAAAGAAGACCAGUCUGUAUGACUUAGCUGGAAACGUGAAUGUUUCUGACACAAGUGACCAGCUUCAGCCCCGACGGUUGGGGAUUCUAGCUCGCAGUCAUGUCGCUGGUUCCAGUUCUGUUGGUGAGCGCCUGUGUGACGAGUGUCUGGGCUGCUAUACCUCCCGGCUACAUUUUGAGAUUGACUUCCAACUGCGGAAAGGAAAAUGUCAAAGGUGCCGAAAUCUCCAUAGUAACAGAUUUAGACAUAGCGGCCAUUGCUGCCUGUGCCAAGACCCGCGAGAACUUCACCUCGACUGACGGAGUCAACUACAAGUUGACGGUUGGAUACCCCGGUCGCGGCGCUCAUCCCUGCAUGUUCCAGAAACGGAAAGGUGCUCGUGUGUACGUCUUGAAGGUGUACGUAUCAUACGGACCCCCGGGCACUGCCGUACACCACAGCCAAGAGGAGUAUACCGUCACGUGUACGUUCGACGCCAAGAAUAAGCAGCUGACGAAACAGCUGAACAUCGGAGCUAGCCGGAUGGCACCAAAGGCUGUGCAGUCAUGGAAAGGGAAGAACACCAAGGCCACCAUUCGGCUGCUGCUGGUAGACGUCUUGGGGCGAGACAUGCAUGGUCAGCGGCUGGCUGUAGGACGCAAGGUGCAGCUCAAGGCCUCGGCUACAGGUACUGCUCCCAACGAACGAGGUCUGCGACCUGUCUCUUGUGACGCCAUCGGGAUAAAGACCGGAGCUAGGUUACCCUUGAUCAGAUCGGGGUGCGGUGACGGGUGGUUCAUUAAAAAGAACAAGGGUUUCACCACCAAAGGCCUGACCUGCUACAGCCCUUACUUCAACGCCUUCGCCUUCCCCCACAAGGAACCCAUUCGGUUUCAGUGCAACUUCACUAUGUGUGCCAGAAGCUGUAACGGGGACUCGUGCGCUGUUCGAUUCCCACAUGGGAACAAUGGAAGAAGACGGAAAUCCACCAGACUCACUUUGUCCGACAAGCGAUUCAUUCCGGCCUCUUCUGGUUUAUAUUCUGAAGUAACGAUCGACAACCGGAAACCUGACCGACUUGUUUGGAGACGGACGUCCGUUCAACAUGCCUGGGUGGCCAGGGUGUACAUUUGGACGCCAGUAGUCAUCAUGAUGGCACUAUCUGUUCUGAUGUCAGUCGUAGGAGUUGUAUGCGCAUGCGCAAGGCGGAAUAUUUCGAGAGGUUACAAGUUGGCAACGAAGGUCAAGGUCUUAUCCAGGAGGCCAUGCGGUUGCAGUUGGAAUGUCGAUCCAGAGAAGCCCUGCAGACAUUGCGAUGCGGGAUGUAUGUGCUCUUGCGAUUCUCAGAAUAACCUGAACAGCCUUGCACAUCUGGACACCGAGAGACCAUUUACAGUUAUGUCCUGCAGCGGAGGUAGAAGACAUUCCACCUCCAGCCAUAGUGAAGUGUGAUCGUUGUCGAAAUAAAGUUUGGGUUUCACA